GAAGAGCGAAGGACUAGGAAGGAGCGAGGAGGCCGCGGCGGGCGCAGCGGGAACGUUGGCCCGGUCGCCCCCGCGAGCAAGGCGCCGCCAUUCCGCUACUCGGGGCGCCGCCGCCGCCGCCGCCGCGCCCGGGGGCCAUGCUCCCGCCGCCCCCGCGCCAGCCGCCGCCCCAGGCGCGCGCGGCCCGCGGUGCGGUGCGCCUGCAGAGGGCCUUCCUGCGCGGCCCGCUGGGCGUGCUGCGGGUGCUGCAGCUGCUGGCUGGCGCCGCCUUCUGGAUUACCAUCGCCACCAGCAGGUACCAGGGCCCGGUGCACUUCGCGCUCUUCGUGUCGGUGCUCUUCUGGCUGCUGACCCUGGGCCUCUACUUCCUCACACUGCUGGGCAAGCACGAGCUGGUGCCCGUUCUGGGCUCGCGCUGGCUCGUGGUCAACGUGGCGCACGACCUGCUGGCAGCAGCGCUGUAUGGCGCCGCGACAGCCAUCAUGAUCGACCAGACCCAGAGACACAGCUACUGCAACCUCAAGGAUUACCAGAUGUCCUGCGCCUACCACGCCUUCCUGGCGGCCGCCGUCUGCGGCGGCCUCUGCCUCGGCCUCUACCUGCUCUCAGCGCUCUACGGCUGCUGUCGCCGCUACCAGGGCGAGCAGGAGGUGGCGUGAGGCCACUGCGCCGCGGGGCGGGGGACCCUGUGGAGACCUGUGUCCCAGCCCUUCCUGCCGCCCCGCGACUGUGCGCCCUGGCACCCUCCUUGCCCUGCAUUCCAGCACCGCCCACGCCCCAGCACCCCGACACGCAGUUCCCAUCAGACUGCAUAGCCACCGCCCAGAGUCCCGACCGCUGCGCCGGAUGCGUUGUCUCCAGGGACCCAGGCCCGGCUACCUCCAAGGGGCGGACGCGCACUCUCAGACUGGCCUCCCGGAGGCGACACCUCGCAGUUCCUCUUGUCUUCCCUGCGGAGAGAGAGACGUGGACAGGCGCCGCGUAGAUCCGGGGGAGGCUCCCAAAUUGGAAGCGGUCUUCUGGCUGCGCCCCUGUCGCCUCCCUUCAGCCCUGCGGUGGGAAGAGCAUCCACUUACCCUGGCCCCUCUUCCAGCCUCGAGUGCUGUAAAAAGCAGGCACGCAGCCGCGGGCGGAGCUGGGGACAAGCCUCCACUGGUCCCGGGUUGAGCGAUGAGUUUGGUUUUAGUUUGGAAUUGUGAGGGCAUUUUGCGCAGUCCUUCCCGACUCAUGCUUUGAUGUCUUUGGGUGGGGUCCAUCUCCAAAGGCCAAGAUGGAUGGCAAGGGCCCAUGGGCUGUACUCUUGCCUCUGCCUGCUCCGCUUUUGUCCUCACGGUUCAUGGAGGCCAGGCCUCAAAUCACACUAGCGUCCCAGGCCUUGCCUUCCAGCCUUCCUCUCACAGCCUUCCGCUCCACUCCCACCUUCCAGUAUCUUUUUGCAUUAGAGAUUUCACACGACCACCACGGAAUGUUAGGGUGAGCCCCACUCUUUCUUAUUACAGAUGGAGCCCUAGAGCUUGCUCAUAAGAACAGCCAGAAUGAGAUUUAGAACCCCUCCCGAUCCAGCGCUGUUUACAUUAAAGCAGUGGGUGUUCCUAGAGAUCCUGGCUCAAGAGUUACCCUCAGAAAAGAGGGUUUCCAGGCCAAAUGGAUUUGUCAAAGGUGCUAUCUUGCCGUUUUGGAGAGUCGCGAGCAUAUCAAAGGCUCUGAGAAGUCUCUCUGUAAAAGAAGACAGAGUAAUAAGUGUUUACUGCCCUUGGGCCUGGAUCAGUUUUUGCCACCUUAAGGUUCCUGGCAGCCAUGUGCUGUCCUGGUUCUCAUUCCUUCCUAAGGGGCCCAACCCAUUAGCUGUGGUCUGUCUGGAGAUAUGGGGUGCACUCUCUCUUUCCCAGAGACUUUCUCUAGCAGAGGGAGGGCCCAGCCUUUGAGGGAAAAUAGCUGCCCCUGCCAGUCCGGUGAGAGGCCUCGGAACUGGUGGCUUUGAACAUUCUUUUACAUUGUUUGGGAAAUGAAGCCAAGGUUAUUCAGAUGGCUUCCCAAGUCAAAAGGAGCAUCACCUGCAAGAGAUCCUGGCAUCGACCUUGACAGUAAUUACACUUACUAAGGAGAAGAAAGCUCUCUGGAGCGGGGGUGAACAGCUGGCCCAGCCUCUGUAAGGUUUCCAUGUUGCUGAGGCUGUGGAGAUUCCCAGGACCUGCUUCUUUGGAUGGGCCACACCGUUCUGACCUGGGCCAGCACAGGGUUUCGGAGUGGAGAGAGGGAACGGCCUCUGCUCAGUGGCUUCCUAUCAACGCCUCCCAGUGGAAUAGCCAAGAUGGGUGAAGAUUCAUUUUGCCUUAACCCAAGAGAAAUCCCAAUUCUUGUGCUAGAAUUUGGGCACGAGAGUCCAAAUACCUGGAACUGAGCCACGUGCCUCUAUACACUACACAGUGGGUUUUGGCUCCAGCUUUUGUUCCUUUUUUCUUAGACCAUCAUCUAAGCUGCAUCCUCAGCUCCGAUCCAGGCCCCUGAGAAUGUCUUCUUAGCCCCCCAGCCCGUGGUGCUCUGUCUGUGGUCGUGUGACCUUGCUCAGGAGCAGAUCUCUCCUUGGCCUUCAUGGUAACUUACCAUCCAGGUGUGCCUGAAACACUCCGGUGCUCACUGACUCUCCUAGAUGUGCCUUUUGCUUGGCCUUCAGCUGAUUCUCCAGAUGUGAGAGGAACAUGUAAGGUGGCCCCCACAACCAUUCCCUCCUUGCCCUAAAGGCCCUGUGCCGUGGCAAUGGCCACCUGACCUGGCCCAGAACUUUUGGAUACUGGAGUCAAUCUCAUUGGCCUCUCUCUUUGGACUCCGGGACGCAGUCUUGCCUGAGACCACUGUGAGUUGCGCCCAGCCCAAAUUCUCGGACCACUUACGGACCCAGGAGAGAUAGUUUUCCAGCGUACUAUUAUACAAAGGCCAGGAGAGAGGGUUUGAGGGAGAGGGCUGAGGGCUGGUAGGGAGAGGGGACCCAUGUGCCUCAUUUAAUAGUUUAGUGGUGAUUACUAACAUGCUUUUCUGAAUAAAGUUUGGUUUGUCUGA